UCUUCAGUGACUUCCGGUAUAACCGGUGCUCUGGGAAGUGAACACUUGUCCCCUAUCAAUGUGUUUCCACAAUGUCCCUGUAUGAUGGAAUUGACAACAAAGAAGGUGGAGAUACUGCUGCAGACGUUGUCUCUGGUUGGUCUUCUGCCUACAAAUUAUUACAUUCUCAGUUACAAGCUAAGAAAGUAGCCUCUCUUCAAAACAAGCGACAGAAACAGACCCCGAUUAUGGCACCUGUUGUGGACCUAAAAAGACACGCUGACCUUACUGAUCAACCUCUACAUUUUAACCAACAGACUGGUCGCUUAGAACGAGGCCCUCCUGCUUCCUUGGGUAGCUCACCGUUUAUAGCAUCAGAACCUGUUCCAUCCCUAACAGGGGUCACAGACGAGUAUGAUCCUUUAAGACCCAACGAAUAUGAAGAAAUUGUGAAAAAGAGAAGGGAACAGAGACAGAAGGAGCGUGAGGAAGAAAAAAUAAAGAAAGAUAAAGACCGCGAUGAAAAUGUAACUUUGCCAAGCCGAGGAACACCAACCUGGCCAGAACCCCCACCACCACCUCCACCUCCUAUUGUUAACACACCAGAACCAACCAGUGAAAUGGAGCGGGGAAGGAGACGGGAGGAGGAGAAUGAGGAAGAAGAGGAAUAUGAAAAACCCAAACGUCCUGCCUCUGGAGUGGCCAUCCCUCCACCUAUAUCCCUUAUUGAAGAAGAUACAGUAGCUAACCCAGAAGAAACGCCAGAGGCCGCACCAAACAACGAGAGACCGUCAUCACCGCCACCAUUAGGAUUCAGCAUGGGACUUGGUGGUUCCAUUGCUUCGAAGAUUAUGGCUAAAUAUGGUUAUAAAGAAGGGCAAGGCUUAGGUAAACAAGAACAAGGUAUGAGUACGGCCUUGUUUGUGGAGAAAACCAGCAAACGUGGUGGUAAAAUCAUACAUGAAAAGGACAUGCAAAAAGAUCCACCUCGAGAUAUGACAGUUACCAAUUCCAAUUUACUGAAACAUCCAUCGAAAGUGAUAUUGUUGCGGAAUAUGGUUGGGUCUGGUGAAGUUGACGAUGAUUUAGAACCAGAAACUGCUGAGGAAUGUGCCAAAUAUGGUAAAGUGGUCAAAUGCUUGAUAUUUGAGAUACCUGGGUGUGAUGACGAAGAAGCAGUUCGUAUUUUUGUUGAAUUCGAAAGAGUCGAGUCAGCCAUAAAAGCUGUUGUUGACUUGAAUGGUCGAUAUUUUGGUGGACGAGUCGUAAAAGCCAGUUUUUAUAAUCUUGACAAAUUUCGACAGUAUGAUCUUGCCGAAGAACAAGAGUUUUGAAGUUUGGUGGAGUAUUCAAUCGGUUAAGUGUGCCAUGCAUGUUCCUCCCAUAACAUCCAGCUUCAUUUGGAAUGAAGAGACCACCAGAAGAACAGAUGAAAAGAAAAAGAAAAAAAAAAAAAUCCAAUGAAAGAUAAAAAAAGGGUAAUUGAAAUUAUAGCAAAAAAUGGACUUGUUGGACUUAAUGUGCAGUUAGGUGCAUGUCUUAAUGUGCAACCUGGUGCAUGAUUAAUCCCAUCUGCUUGAACAAGCCUCAAGAUAUAACAUCAGUCUAACUGCAUGUUCUUACAUUAUGUGCAGCUAUUUGGUUUUUUUUUUAUUAUUAAAAAACAUCCUUCAUCUACAUCAAUAGGCAAUCAAUACUUCAUAUAUUUAUCAUUUUUCAUCAUCCUCUCUUCCUCUCUCUCUCUGUCUCUCCUCCCCUCUCUAUACAUGUUAACUCAUUACCCCAAACACACACACACACACACACACACACACACACACAUACACUUACACAUGCACAUACACACUCAUGCUCUCAUAUAUUUUCUGAAAUUGGAAAAACAUAAAUAAAAUAAAUAAAAUAUACUACAAAAAACAAUCAAAAUUUCAA